AGCCCGCCAAAAGGACUUCAGUGGGUCCCCACCUCAAACGGGGCUUUAUUAUAAUAUCCCGCCCUCUUCCCUAUCCUCUCUCUCUCUCUCUCUCCGAGGGGUUUAGGGUUAGGGUUUUAGCUGAGCCAGUUCUCCAUCCUUUCUCAAGCAUGGCUUUCUGGGGAACUGAAGUGAAGCCUGGAAAGCCUUUUACUCAAAAAUUUGAUGACUUCAAAGGAAGGCUCCAUGUUUCGCUGGCAACAUUGGGGUUUGGUACAGCGACAAAGAAGAGUGUUCUUCAGUGUAAUGUGGGGAAUAAGAGUCCUGUCUAUCUAUGCUCAUUGUUUCCUGAGAAGACUGAGUGUUUGCAACUAAAUUUGGAAUACGAAGAGGCUGAUGAAGUCAUUUUUUCAGUUAUCGGUCCUCGAAGCAUUCACCUUUCUGGUUAUUUUCUAGGCAGUUGCCGUCACAAUAAUGUAAUUGAUGAUAAUACAGAAUCUUAUGGAGAAGAUAUUGCAAACACCGAAACACAGAGCUCUGAGUAUGCUGACGAAGACAAGUAUGAGGAUAGCUUUAUCAAUGACGAGGAUCCAGAAGUUUACUCUCCUUCUCCUAUUUCAAAUGAAGAAGAUGAAACUUUUGGCAAGAAUAAAAAGAGAAAUAAAGCUCGCAACAGUAGGCGGCUCAGAAAGAGCUAUCAAUUGAGUGAAUCAGAAGAUGAAGAAAAUUCUCAACCUGAGAAUAUUGCAAAAUCUGGGAUUCCUUUCUCAGAAUUGGAAAGUUUAGAUGAAGACAGCCGUCCGAUAUCCUUCUUGUGCAAUAACAGAAGCAAGGGAGAGAAUACUACGGCUGCAAAGGAAAAGGAAGCAAUAGAGCACAAAGUCUUGCAUGAAGGCAGUGAUUUGAAGACUGAAUUUGACGGUGAUUUUGUUACCGGAGUUAAUGGAAAUACUGAUGGUAUCAUUGAUGAUGGUCAGCUAAAUGGGGACUUAGGCCUGCCAACCAAUUCUUCUGAAAUAAGCACCAAAGUUGGUAGUAAACGAAAGAAGAAACGGAAAGAAGAGUGGUCUAAGAGAAAAUCUAUUGAAGCUGAUGGUAAUAGUUGUAGCUGUGCCACUUCAGAAGUUGAGAUCCAACAAGAUGAAUCAAAGGCGGAUAACACAGUCAAUACUGUGUGCAAAGCAAAACAGGAGACUGCCACUGGAGCUGAACUACUUGAUAAUUUAUCAUUCCCUUCAGCUGAUGUGGGCCAUGACGAUGGUGAGAGACCAAAAAGGAAAAAAAAGAAAGGGUCAGAGCAAGGGAAAAUCAUUGAAAAUGACGGUACAUGUGAUCACAAGCCUGGAAAGAUGGACCAAGAUGUGCAACCCACUUUUGAUCAGAGUGAAAACCAUCCCAUGACAAAGAAAAUAUCCAAGAAGAAAAGGACCAAAGCAAUAGAAAACGGGGAUUCGUUGAAGUCAGAUACACUUUCUUCAGGUUGUGCAGAGAAAACAACCACUGAAACUGAGGAUAAGGAAAGUAAUGGUGUCUCUAAGUCAUCUCAAGCUAGAACUUUACCGAGUGGCUUGGUUAUUGAAGAACUAGAAGCUGAGAAACCAAAUGGAAAAGUUGCAACUUUGAAAAAAAAGAUUAGCGUGCGUUAUGUUGGUAAGUUGAAGCAGAGUGGUGAAAUAGUUGACUCAACGGAGGACAAGCCUCCUUAUAAAUUCCGCUUGGGAACUGGGCAAGUUAUAGAGGGUUGGGACGCCGGUCUUGAAGGCAUGCGAGUCGGUGAGAAACGAAGACUUACCAUUCCGCCCUCAAUGGGAUAUGGGAAUGAAGGAAAUGGAGGGAAUAUACCGCCGGAUUCGUGGCUCGUGUAUGAUAUCGAAUUGGUAAAGGUCCAUUAGUUUAUACACCUCUUUAUCCCUUAAAAUACGGGUAUGUUCCUUAUUGAAGUAGUGAAAUACCAAAACGAUGGCUAAUAGUAGAAAAGUAUGAAUGUGAGAUGCGAGCGUUGGCUAACCAGAAAUUUUGGUUUACAUAGCCAAGGGAGGGGACUGUAUUUGGCUUAUCUGCCUAUAGUUACCUUAUUUUGAUUUGUCAUUUGAGCUGAAUAUAUUGAAUAGGAAAUUAAUAGAAUUUUAUUCUUUUUUAGAACA